AAGUGUGCGGUUCAGGGAACGGAUAUAACAGUGCGGCGGAAUAGUGCAAAAACCCAAAAGAUUUUUUAAAAAAAGUAAAAACAAAUAAAAAAAUAAUUUUAUUUAUAAAAACUGUGUUAUGAAACUAAAAACAAAAAUUUUAGAAUUUAACCACAAAAAAAUAAAUAUCAAAAGAAAAGUGAUUGUUUUUUACUUUAAAUGAGAUCGGAGUACCAAUAAAUCAUUAACCAACGAUAAAAAGUUACCAGAUCCCAAAAGGUUCCCUACAUUUUCCUAAUAGAAAGCCAGUCAAAUCGAGGGACUGACUGAGAGGAUACCACACCCAGUGUUUGGAUUCCUAUUCAACGCAAUUUGUAUUUAUUGCAGUAGCCAGAGCAGCGAUUUCUUAACAAAAAAUCAAUAAAUAUGAAUUUAAAUCGCUGAAAGUGUUCUUUGGCGGGCAUAAAUAAGUAGUAUCGCAUAUGGUUCCAGCCGACUGACUGCCCCAGUAGCUUCUAAUCCUUCUCGUAAUUGAAGUUUGAUUGGACGUGCCCAGUCAUGAGAAAGGCCAACUUGCCACCUGCCCGCUGCGUGCCCAUGCAUUAAAUAGGCAGGAAAGUCGAGGAGGAAAGUCCGCCCAACACCCACCACCCACCAGGAGCCGGAAAAAGAACCAAAACAGCCCCACACACAUGACCGCGUCACGAGCGGCGAAACGAACGUGACACAUGGCGAUGUACUUUUAUGCCAGCAAGAUAUCAGCCAUCGCCUGCGGAACGCGUUGCAAGCAGACCGUGCUGCAGAAGUCGCGGGGUCAACGCGAUCGGGACAAAUGUCAGAGGCACCACCAUCAGCACCACCGGCGCCACCACCGUCGGCGGUGCCACAUUAGCAGUAAUAGCAGCAGUUCCGACAGCGAGUCUGCGGAUGACUGCUGCCUGGAGAUGGGCGAGUCGGUAGUGGAAUCAGGAGGUGGACUAGGAGUGGGCUUACAGGGACCUCCUGGCGGCAUAUUCUCCCUGGAUCCGGGACAUCUGACGGCGGAGACAGCCCUUCUGGCAGGCAACAUUCGCUACAGGAGGCGACACAGUGCCGAGCAGCUGAGUGCCUACGAUCUGGAAAUGGGGUUUCAGCAGUUAGAGCUUGGCACCACACAAUCGGUUGGACCCAAAAACGACGAUCUGGUCCAGUAUGAUGUGCCCAAAAAUUCGCACAAGCGCAGCAAAUGUGAUAUUAAUUUUGAGAGCUCGGUUUUGGGUUCCGGUGGCAUCAUGUACAUAAACGGUAGAAUAGUUUCUGGGCCAUUGGAUUCCCUCAUCGAAACACUCUUGCCCAAGGAUGUCGUUGACUUAGAUAAGGAAUUUGUAUUCUCGUUUUUAUUAUCCUGCCGCUUGUUCCUGCGACCCCAUGAAUUGCUGGGCAGACUGCUGGACUCGGUACCUGAUAGCGAAUGCUUAGAGUCCCUGGUUUCCCUGCUGGCCGAGUGGACGAUGAAGUUCCCCUACGACUAUCGGGAUGAGCGGAUGAUGAGCCAUGUCAAACAUAUCGUUGCCAGAUGUUCCAAUUCGCAUUUGGAAGCCGCCGUCUCCCAAACACUGAGUGCCUUACUAAAACGACUGACUGAUUUAGAGAGACAUGAGGCGGACCUUCGAGCCUGCCAGACCAACGACAAGUCUGCCGUAGAUACUCCACUCAACUGUCCGACGGCCACGCUGUACGCACAAAUCGUUUGUCGGCUGGAAAAGAAGUUGGCCAAGCACAUUGGCGGCGAGGAGUUCCUUCAGUGCAGCAGCAUGAUCCUGCUCGAUAAACAGAAGAAAUGGGACCAACCAUCCACGUCGGGCGCACCGCCAGGAGCCCAGGAUCCAAAGAAGACGUGCAACCUGGAAACCUAUCUGGAUUGGUCGGCACGUCUCCGUCUGUUUGUCUGCAAUGAGAUCCUGCAGAGCAUUGGAAUCGAGGGACGAAGUCGAACCGUGGAACUCUGGAGUGGUGUGGCCCAAUAUUGCCUGCUUGUGGGCAACUACAAUAGUGCCACGGCCAUUUUGGAGUCCCUGGAAUCCCCGGCCAUAGCUAGGCUUAAAAUUACGUGGAGUAAAUUGCAAGUGACGUGUCAACAAUUGGACUGCAUGCAGCGCCAUGCCGAGGGCCAUGGACAUUUAUGGCAGAAGCAGGCCAUCGUCUUAAAUGAGCAGCAGGAGGGUCUCAAGACUGAUAAGCAGCCCAAGGAGCAGGGUUCUGGUAAGGCGAAAGGACCUGCCACAUCAUCAAUGGCCACUGCAAUCCCCGACUUGGAUGAGAAGCCCUCGACAAGUGGCCGAGUGCCUGGCAUAACGGGCACUUCCGCUGCAACAAUGGAAUCAGCACCAAUGCCUGCGGCUGGCAGCAGCAAUGUGGAUGCUGCAGCGGCAACAGCAGCAUGUGCGGCAGCAAAAUCGGACCCGACGGCACCAGCAACCACACCAUUAGCAACGUCGGGAAAGCCAAAUGAUUGGGUUGUUAUUCCAGUGUUUGCGGAUAUUGUUAAACUGGCAUUGGGCGAGCGUGAGAACUGUUUGCAGCGCUUAGCAAAUGGCCACAUCAAUAUGGCGGCCUUUGAUCGAAUGGCGGCCAUUGUUGGGGCAUUUACCAAACACAUGCAGGCGAUGAAGGCGGCACAGGCGCCAUCUAGCGGGGAGUACGAGCACUUCUGCCGGCACAUGCAGCAAACAGCGAAACUUGGCGAGGCGGAACUCAUGAUGGCUUCAUUCGACUGCGAGGAACCUAACAAUGCUGAGAAGUUGAUGUACGAUCUGAACUAGUCGUGUACUAUAGGAUACUAGUAGGCUUAACUUAAUAAUAGCCUCUAAGAUUGCAUUUAAUGUUAACUAGAACAGAAACUGUAAAUACAUAUUAGAUAAAGCACUAGAUGACGUAAGAUAUUAAGCGAUAAGUAGCCAAAAAUAAAAAAAAUAGCUGUAAAAACUAAUCAAAGUAAAUAACACCUGUGUACAUGGAAUAUGUGUAAAAUAAUUGAAUAAACAAUAUACU